GUAGGACCUGGUCCCUGUAGAAAACGACCCACACCUUUCAGAGCCAGAGGCCUCCAAAGCGCUUGAUGCUGCAUCAGUCCGUCUGCCCACCUCCAGCCAGGAGGGUUAAGGGUCUUGCCCAAGGCCACAACAGAAGAAUUCUCAGCAGGAAUUUAACCUGCAACCUUCCUAUUACUGGGACCUGUUAGUCUCCCCCCCACUCCAGGUCUCAUCCUCCCUUAAUCCUUUUAUCCGUGUCAGGGUGAGAGGAGAGACGCUCCCUCAGGAUCCACUCUGCUCCUGCUCUCCUCCCUCCAUUCUCCUGCUUCCUCCUCUUUUCUCCUCUCUGAGGGACUUUUCAACUCCAGGUGUGUGUGUGUGUGUGUGUGUGCGUGUGUGUGGAAGAGACUCCUCUGUUUCCAUGGUGAUGAGUUUGGGGGUCGUUUACAGGAUCUAGGUCACAUAGUCCAGGAUUAUCAGCUGACAGGUGACCAAGAAGAACCUUCAUGGCUAAAGUGGCACCUUUAGUCCUGACGAGCAGAUCUGGGCUAAUGCCCCCCACCAUUGUUCUACUGGACAUGGGGGAGGAGCCAGGAGACAACAGGUUCUCUCAGAAUUCAGGUCCAGGAGUUCUGUUCAACGUUAACAACAGCAACAACAACGAAGAGGAGGAGGAAAAGAAGAAAAAGAAGAAAGAAAAGAAAGCCAAAAAAGAAAAGAAGGAGAAAGAAAAACUGGAGAAAAAGGAGAGGAAGGAGAAAAAACAGAAGGAGAAGGAAGAAAAAGAGAAGGAGAAAGAAAAACUGGAGAGAGAAAAGAAGGCAAAGGAGGAGGCAGCAAAGGAGAUCACGGUGUUUGAUCCAGCAGGGAACAACUACUACCACUGGCUCCUCAUCAUCACCAUUCCUGUCAUGUACAACUGGACUCUGAUUAUAGCCAGAGCAUGCUUUGAGGAGCUGCAGACAGAUUAUCUUUUCCUAUGGUUCUUCCUGGACUUCCUGUCAGAUACCAUUUAUCUUCUUGACAUGAUCUUCAGAACCAGGACUGGUUACCUGGAACAGGGUUUACUAGUGAAGGAUGAACUGAAGCUACAAGAGCGCUAUAUGAACACCUCUCAGUUCAAACUGGACUUGAUCUCCAUGAUUCCCACUGAUGUGCUCUACUUGUUUCUUGGUACCACUUACCCUGAGAUCCGCCUAAAUAAACUCCUCAGAUUCAACAGGAUGAUGGAGUUCUUCCAGCGGACAGAGACCAGGACGAACUAUCCCAAUGCCCUUCGUAUCUCCAACCUUGUCAUGUACAUCAUCAUCAUCAUCCACUGGAAUGCUUGCCUGUACUACUCCUUCUCCAAGGCCAUUGGUUUUGGUGCAGACAGGUUUGUGUAUCCCGACCCAGCAGACCCAGAGUUUGGUCGUCUGGUGAGGAAAUACGCCUACAGCAUGUACUGGUCCACUCUGACCCUGACCACCAUCGGAGAAACGCCACCCCCCGUGGAGAACUCGGAGUACUUCUUUGUUGUUACAGACUUCCUGGUGGGGGUGCUGAUUUUUGCCACCAUUGUCGGUAACGUCGGUUCCAUGAUCACCAACAUGAACGCCGCCCGAGCCGACUUCCAGGCUCGGAUCGAUGCCAUCAAACAGUACAUGAGCUUCAGAAAGGUAACAAAGGAUCUGGAGAAGCGGGUCAUCAAGUGGUUCGACUUCCUCUGGACCAAUAAGAAAGCGGUGGAUGAGAGGGAGGUUCUGAAGUUCCUUCCAGACAAACUGAGAGCUGAGAUUGCCAUCAACGUGCACCUGGACACCCUGAAGAAGGUUCGGAUCUUUGCCGACUGCGAGGCCGGUCUGCUGGUGGAGCUGGUGCUGAAGCUACAGCCACAGGUCUUCAGUCCAGGAGACUACAUCUGUAAGAAGGGAGACAUCGGCAGAGAGAUGUACAUCAUCAAGGAGGGGAAGUUAGCCGUCGUCGCUGACGACGGCGUCACGCAGUUCGUAGUUCUCAGUGAGGGGAGCUACUUCGGAGAAAUCAGCAUCCUGGCUAUCAAAGGCAGCAAGGCAGGAAACAGACGCACGGCCAACAUCAGGAGCAUCGGGUACUCCGACCUGUUCUGCUUGUCCAAAGACGACCUGAUGGAGGCGCUGACGGAGUAUCCUGACGCCAAAGCUCUGCUGGAGGAGAAGGGGAGGCAGAUUCUGAUGAAGGAUGGACUCCUGGACCUGGAGGUGGCAGCGCAGGGCCCAGACCCAAAGGAGAUGGAGGAGAAGGUGGACCGGAUGACGAGUUCUCUGGACUCCCUGCAGACCCAGUACGCCCGGCUGCUGGCAGAGCACGAAGCCACUAACAGCAAACUCAAACACAGAGUGACCCGACUGGAGAGGAAGCUGGCCCCGCCUCCUCUGCCCAGUGAUGCUCCACCCCCUCCAACACCAGAGAUCCAGGCCACCAAAGAAGAGAAGAAAUAGGAAGUAGAGGACCAGGAAGACGAGGCUUUUCUUCCAGAACUUUCUUCAUCUUUGUGUCAUUUGUAAAAACUUCAUGAGACUCAGAUUAUCUCCGGCUGGUUCCGUCAGAAACACGAGAACCAAGCUCACCACAACACCGGUGUUCUGUGGAAGGCUGUCACCAUCAGUUCCAGUCAGGAGGUCUGACCUGAAGCAGCUGAGAACGGGUUUCAGGCUCCAGAACCAGGUCAGCACCUGGUGGAAAAGGGUUUAGUUUUGACUUAACAGGAUUUAAAUAUUUAUUACAGAUUAGAAUUAUUUCACCAACAUUUAGUUUCUCAUCGAUCUUCUCUCAUCUCUUAGAGCUAAAAUCUUCUGGUCUUCUAGAGUGAGUGGACCAGUUUGGACCUUAGGGUUCCUUACCCUGUUCUGGGUCAGGUGCAACAGAUCUGGUCUCCAGAAGAGCGUCAAACCUGUUUUCCAUAUGAUUAAUAAGGUUCAUGUAUAAAGAGGUCCUGGUUCUGAUCUUCCUCUGAGCAGCACCAGAAGAUUCUGGGUACGUAUCAGCUCCAGCAGUUUGUUGAGACUAGAGUGGCUUCAUUUAACCCGGACCUGUCAUUUGGGAUGAUGUUCUCUCCGAGACGUGGAACCGUCUACACUGAGUCAAUCCGGCGAAUCAGCCGGCGGAGGAAACAGAGUUAGCAAAACCCUUGAUGCCCAAAGAUUCAAGUUAUGUUGCUGCAUUUGGAACUCAGUGGUGAAGAAAUGCAUCAGAGCCAGAAGGUCCUCGUGGUCCUGUUAGGAUGCUAACCAUGGUGGAUCAUCAACGAGGUGCUUCUGGUUUAACUCACAGCAAAAGAUCAGCUGAUUCAGUCUGCGGUGUAGAAAAUGUUCCAUUAGCAAAGAGCAGACCUUCUGCUGCAACUUAACCCCUUCUAUCAGGGUUCAGACGUCCUGGUGCAACCGAGACCUCCAACUGCAGCAGCUCAGACCUCCAACCGCAGCAGCUCAGACCUCCAACUGCAGCAGCUUAGACCUCCUACUGCAGCAGCUCAGACCUCCAACUGCAGCAGCUUAGACCUCCUACUGCAGCAGCUUAGACCUCCUACUGCAGCAGCUUAGACCUCCUACUGCAGCAGCUUAGACCUCCUACUGCAGCAGCUUAGACCUCCUACUGCAGCAGCUUAGACCUCCUACUGCAGCAGCUUAGACCUCCUACUGCAGCAGCUUAGACCUCCUACUGCAGCUGUUCAGACCUGCAGAAUCAAACUCUGACUCUGCAGUGGACUCUCUCUCUCAGCAGAGGUCAACCCCAGAGUGAGCUUUACUUCACCUACUUCAGACCUAAACUCGCCCACAGAAACCAAACCUUCUGGGCUUUAACUGACGUGUUCAAAGGCGUUCAGCAAAGAUCCGGUCCAAGAGCUGAAAUAAAGAGAUUUUCUA